AUGCGCGCUUUUAUUCCUACUGCUUUACUACAAGUCAGUGUAGUUGAUUCCAUCUUACGAUGUUGUCUACAAUUUGAUGUGAUUGCCCCCAAGGAACGCCGAAGUGGAAUACGGAUUAUCAAGCUUUUUCUAAUACAUCCUCAUCGUUCUCCCACUCUUUGCCCUGUUCGUUGUUUUCUGGCGGUUCGUGAUCAUCCUGCUGCUACAUCCCGUCCACAAGACGCCCUCUUCGUCAAAUCCAAUGAACCCUCGGUAUCAAUCAAAAUCACUACCAUCAGCUCUUGGAUCCGUACAUUGCUAAAAUUCAGUACCAUCGAAUCCCGGGUUUCCCUACGAUCACUAGGAUCCUCCAUAGCUUUACAGGAAGGCAUCGAUCUUGAUGACAUAGCAACUCUUGGCAACUGGAAAUCCACUGACACCUUCAACACCCAUUACCGUCGUCAACACAUGUCACAGGUUGACUUCACCAACAAAAUCAUUGACGUCAACCUCCCGCCGGUUCAACUGUCCACCGUCCUCCAAGACAAUGACGAUACAGAUGCUGAUGAUGAUGAUGAGGAUACAUUUUUGGAUGCUCUGGAGUAGCAUAUAAGAUAGUUGAUUGGAUUAACAAAUAUAAAAAUAAUAAUAAAAGACAAAUCGAAAAUACGAUGAGAC